AUGAGCGGCGAAUUAAGAGUGCUACAGAAACGGGAACGCCAGCUUCUGGGAAUGCUGGACUCAGUCGAGCGGUUUCUAGGAAGGAGCUCUGACGAACGCGAUGAGUGUGAAAUCAUAGUACGGUUGCAAAUGCUAGAAGAUGCUGCCAAGGAGUUUUUCACGGUUCGAGGAAAGAUUGAGCUUAUUUUGGAAGAUGCAGAGAAGGAGAAACAGGCAAACAGUGACCCGGAUAUGAAGAAGGAAGCUCUGGAUCAUUUAGACGACGAAAACUUUCAUAUUAUGCAAGAAUUCGAUGAUCGCUUCUGCCAUCUAAAAGCGAGACUGUUGCAGUUGCAAUCCCAAGGCGACAUAGUGCGAUCUACCGACGGUUCUCUUCAUGACUCGCAUCGUACUGAUGGAUUAUGUAAAGUAAAACUACCUGAAAUUCGCCUUCCAACGUUCAGAGGGGUCAUUCGAGAAUGGGUUACUUUUCGAGACACCUUCAAAAGUUUAAUCCAUGAUAAUUCGCAGUUAACAGAUACAGAUGAGUUCACAUACCUCCGAGCUUCACUGGCAGAUGCGGCUCUGCAGGAAAUAAAUUCCAUCGAUUUGUCUGCUGCUAACUACAUUGUUGCAUGGAUGACCCUAGAGAUGCGCUACGAAAAUAAAAAGUUGAUUGUAAAGACUCAUCUCGAUGCUCUGUUCAAUUUGGAGCCACUGAAACGAGAAACAUACGACGGACUGAAUCAUAUACUAAGUGAGUUUGAGAAGAACGUUCAGAUGCUUGAAAAGAUAGGAGAGAAUCCAAGUGAAUGGAGCACAAUUUUGGCGUAUAUGGUAUGUUCUAAAUUAGACUCAUCCACGCUACGACAGUGGGAGACUCAUCACAACAGUAAAUCGGUUCCACAUUAUGAAGAUGUUAUUAGAUUUCUGCGCAGUUAUUGUUCAGUAUUACAAUCAGUUGCCCCAUCAAAAACAACGGUACCAGAACAACGACAAUUCAAGCCAUUCAUCUGCAAUACCAUCGUCAGGACAUCCAACACUUGUCCAUUUUGCUGUGAUACGUGGCACUCUGCCUUUCAAUGUGUUAAGUUCCAGAAGAUGAAGAUCCCUGAAAGAAUCGAAGCCGUGGCACGGAGCAGAUUAUGCCGUAAUUGUCUUCGGCCCGGACACUACGCUCAGCAUUGCGAACGAGGAGUUUGUCAUCAUUGCCAACAGAGACAUCAUUCAAUGCUGCACACCGACCACCAGAGAUCCUGCGCUCCACAUUCACAGUUAAGUCCCCAGAUCGAAGAAUUACCCAUGCAACCGGCGCAAACAACACCACCUAAUCAAUAUCAAGAAGAACACAUUCAACAAGAGCACGCAUCCACCAACACCAACUUGCAUCCAGCUCAUACAGUCCACUGCAGCUAA